GCACUGCAGAUAGGGCAGGGCUGCAGAUCAGGUAGUGACAGUGUCAUGCAGGGGAAUUCCGGAUUUCAGUACUAGUAGGCCAUCUGUUACAUUUAUAUUUUUUGCUUUUGUUUGUAAAACGUAAUUUCAAUAUGAGAUAGAUAGUCAUGCGUUACGAUGCUUGCAGUGUUGUCUUCGGGUGUAUGAUCUUUGUGGCUUCAGGCUACUGUCUUUCUAAGGAAUAUUCUACAAGAGCUGGGCUAUGUUGUCCGAUGUGCAAAAUAGGGACCGUUGUACAGAUAGACUGCACGUCAGAUUCAGGCACACUCUGCAGUUGCUGCGAGAACGGGACUUUUAUGAACAAAUCCAAUUGUCUGGAUAAAUGUUUCACAUGCACCUCCUGUGACUCAGGCCACGGUCUCUCUGUCCUGCAGGGCUGUUCAGAAACAACUGACACAGUCUGUGAAGUUAUAGAUGGGUAUUUCUGCAAAGAUGUGACAGGAUGCAGUGCGGCACAAAAACAUGCACAAUGUGUACCUGGUGAGAAGAUAAAAGAACCUGGAACCAGAAGAAUGGAUGUACAGUGUGAACCCUGUCAGUCUGGCUUCUUUUCAGAGCAUGGUGUGAAUUGCACGGACUGGAGAACGUGCUCAGGAACCCAGGUAAAGCUGAAAGAAGGAAGCAGGAGCAGCGAUGUUGUCUGUGGAGGUUCUUCAAGGAGUCAUUACUUUGUCAUAUUACCAAUAUUAUUGUUGGUAUUAACAAUUGUUGCACUCUUAAUUAGAGGGGCCAGCGGCUGCAUCUCCAGAUCAGAUGAUCUCAAGCAACCGCUAAAUCAAUGAGGGGAUCAGAUGGUCACAGGUUCAAACCCCACUGCAGUCAACAUGUCGUUGUGUCCCUGCGCAAGACACUUCACCCCAAAUUGCUCCUGUGGGGAUUGCCCACAGUAUUGAGUAUGUGAGUCGCUUUGGAUACAAGCGUCUAACAAGUAACAUGUAAUGCAUGUGCUUUCAAUUUUUCUAACAUCUUACUAAUCAGAAGACCAAACCCCAAAAGAUCAAACACAUUCCAUAUUUUGUUUAUAAUGUAUUUUCUUAAUGUUUGUAUGUACCAUGCACUAAUCGUUGUAUUUGUUAAACCACUUGUAAAUAAUAACAUUUUUGAUAACAGUG